UCUUUGCUUUUUGGAGCUAAAAACUUAAGCCGUCACAAACCAUUCCGUGGGAAGGGCUAGAAGUCGAAGGGGAUCCAAACGUGAAGGCCACCGGAAGAAUAAUGGCGCCACCACCGUCGGCGACGGCGACCGGGUGGCGCGCGGUCACUGGUCUCCUCGUGCUGUCAAUCCUCGCCGCUCGAUCGGCGGCCAUCUACUGCGACGAGGACGACUGCUACGAUCUCCUAGGGGUCUCGCAGAGUGCGAAUGCUUCCGAGAUCAAGAGAGCUUACUACAAGCUCUCCUUGAAAUAUCAUCCUGAUAAAAACCCGGAUCCGGAGUCAAGGAAGGUGUUCGUGAAGAUAGCCAAUGCUUACGAGAUUUUGAAAGAUGAAGCAACUCGCGAGCAGUAUGACUAUGCUAUUGCGCAUCCAGAGGAGGUAUUCUUCAAUACGGCAAGAUACUAUCAGGCAUAUUAUGGUCAUAAAACAGAUACUCGUGCUGUCCUUGUCGGCCUCCUUUUUAUUCUUUCAGGAUUUCAAUACUUGAACCAGUGUACAAGGUACAACCAGGCUGUAGCCAUGGUAAAAAAGACUCCAGCAUACAAAAACAGACUUCGAGCUUUGGAACUGGAACGUAGUGGAGGAGUGACAAAUAAGAAAAAGAACCAGAGACAAAUGGACAAAAAAGUGGAGGAAGAAAUUAGCAAAGAACUUGAAUUGGAAAUAAAAGGGACUGAGAAACCCUCUAUGUGGAACCUUGUCGGAGUGCGUUUCAUACUUCUACCUUACACAUUUGUCAAGCUAUUAGUAUGGUACGGAUGUUGGUUUUGGAGGUACAAGGUGAAAGAGGCUCCAUAUUCUUGGGAAGAUGCUGCUUACCUCACACAGAGAGCACUUAGCAUUCCCGUUGAUGCCUGGAGCAAUAUAGAUGAACCGACCAAAGAAGAUCUGAUCAAAAGACGUCUAUGGAUCAAGUCGAACUUGGAUGACUACUUCAUGGAGAUGAGAAAAGAAUCCAAGCGCAGAAGAUAGCGGUAAUUUUGUGGUUCGCUUAUAACUGAUGACACAGUUUAAAAGAGACUGACGGAUAGAAACCCAGUUAAACUGCAGGGUCACCUUGAAAUCGUGGGAUCUGUCGACAGAAUUCUUCCUUUCUUAUGACAAAUAGUUAUCAUGAAAUUUUGAUGUUAUUAUUCUUACAGUCUUUGAUGGAUAUUAGGGACGGAGAUAAUUUAUAAGUAUUGCGGGUUAUUUUGCUUGAUUUGGUGUCCAUAUGUAGCUUGAGUUAGCAGUUUUCUAUGAGAAAGUUCAAGCA